GGUCUGUGUGUCGUAACUCUGUGCCACAUACUUUCACUGUGGAGGCUUAUCAGGGCGCACACUGCUUCACAUCAGCACACACACCACAUCGCUUCACUUCUUCGUCUGCUGAGAGACCAACUGUUAAACACCAAAGAUGGGAAAAGUGAACCAAUGCCUCAAGCGCCUCUUUAUCGCCUUCAAUGCUCUGUUUGCAAUCUUUGGAGGUCUGAUGGUCUACGGAUUGAUCAAGUCCAGUGCCUACAGCCACCAGAUGUCGGCGGUUGGAGGCCCGAGCGUGGGAUGGGCUUGGGCGUUUGCCCUCGGCGUCCUCGGCAUCUCCUGCUUGGGAAUCUUUGCUGGUCACUCCGAGAAACCCCUCGCCCUCAAAAUAUUUGCAGGAUUCAUGGGGGUUGGAAUGAUCGUCAUGAUGAUCUUUGGCAUCAUGAGCGCUGUUGGAAAGGAACAGAUGAAAACCAGCAUGCAGGAUACCGAAAUGGUGAAGGCCCUCUUACAUACUUCUGAGAUGAGCGAGGCGCUCAAUCAGCUGCAGGAAGCGGGUCAUUGCUGUGGAAUAACGGGUGCCUCGGACUGGGGUAAUGUUAUCCCAGACUCCUGUGCGUGCCGCUCUUCAGGAUAUAUGUAUUCUGCAUAUGCUUCUGGAUGUAAAGCCAAACCUCAGGGAACAACUGGCCCAAACCAAAUCUAUGCAGAGACCUGCAGUAAAUACAUCUUUGACUUGUUGGACAUGGCCUUCAACAUGGCUUUGGGCUUAUUCUUUGGAUUUGCUGUCGUCGCACUGUUGGGCCUGCUGAUCUCCCUCCUGAUGGUCCAUCAGGUCAACCGCCACGACGACGCAGGAGCAUCCUUCAACAUGAAGGGCUACUGAAGGGACCCCUGACCUUUGACCUCUGCACUGUAACAAGAGGACUUAUUGGUUUUUUAGCCUCUUUAAUUUUUUAUUACUGCUUUUAAGAGAGUGCGAGUGAAAUUAGGAGACGGAGAGAUGAUUGAUGCUUUUCUUUUUUUAAUUGUAGAAAAUAUUCCAAACAUUUAUUUUUGUGUGAGUUAUUGAAUCUCUUCUGUGUAACUUGAUAAUGUGCAGCAUCAUAGACAUGUAUUGAAGAAAAGAAGCAGUUUGUAUGUUCAGCCUUCACCACAUCAGACCAAACCCAGGAGAUCCCAACAACAGCAAUUAAAAAAAAAGGUUUAAGUUUAAGAAAAUUGGCACAGUGAAGUCCAUCUUUGCUCAUCGUUAAGUUGCAAAGGCUGUCUGAAGCUGGCUAACUUAUUCAUGAAUUGGACAAACAAACAAAACAGAUUGGGACCAAUCCAAUCAGAAUUUGCACUGACAAUAACUUAUUUUAUUUGAAUUGAGAAACAAAUGUUUCAUUUAAUUAGUGAGUUGUUGUGUUGCUGUGUUUGUAAAAAAUACAAAAAAUUAAAAAAGUAUUUUCUAAAGAUAUAUGUAUGUCCAUGUAAAGCACUUCAGUCCUGUUAAAGCAGAGAAGGCCACUGGACCUCUGGGUUGAUUUAAUGAAUGUCCUGACAAGGUCAAAGUCUGAAAAAUGAAAUAAAAGAGCAGGUAACUUUAGAAAAAUGGAAAUCAAAGCAAAACCUGCAGCACUGGGAACAAAAAUUAGAACAACAGACACAAAGUUUCAGUUCUGGGUUUUCAGGGAUUUAGAUGCUGUGACAUGAACUGUUUUAUUGUGAAAACUGUACUCAUAUCAUUUUAAAAAUAAACUCCGGAGAAUGAAUAUCCA